AUCUAUCUUUGUGACCCCAACUCAUUGCUUUCACGAACAUCGAAGAACAUGUUCUCUUCUUGGCUGAGUGUGGUCAUCCUUGUGUGUAUCUCUCAUGGAGGCCUCGGAUAUGACUAUUCGCCUACAAAGACCGAAUUCGUCGCAGGGAGUUUCAUUGUAACGCAAAAAGGCCUCAAUGAAGCUCUUCACCGCCACGCCGAGCUCCUUCGCAUAACGUUGAAGGAAUUGGAACAAAAGGACCUUCCAACUGUAACAAGCAAAUGGAGCGCAUUUUGCUUCAGGUCGCAGCCAUCAGGUAAAGCGUCAAAGCUCCGAAUGAUUGGUGUUCCGUCCAUCAAACUUCAAGAUGACAGGACGGUCAUUUUAAUUGGCGAGGUCCGAGCCACACUUUACCCGAAGAUCUCCGUAAUGGGUAUUGGGUGCAAUCACCGUUUGAUGAAUGAUCAGACACUCAAAGUCUCAGGAGAUUUCAAAUUUCAAAUCCGUGUUCAAGCAAUUUGGAGUCAAGCUAAUCCAAAUUUAAUGUUCAUCGUAAACUUGGUGGACUCUCAAAUAACUAAAAUGAGCGUCAGGAGUGACAACAAAUAUUUUAAAGUACUUUCAAGUAUGUUCAAAUCCUUCCAACAAUGUUUAAAUCAGACGGUUCAAGAGAAACUCGAAGUGAAGAUGAAGGAAUGGAAACUUCCAUGUGAGAUCCCAACGAGAUUUUCGCCUCUGGACAACAUAUUUGUCCAAUAUAAAGUGGCCCACCUAACUUGGACCAAGGAUCGUAUUAUCGUUCAGACUAACGGCAGGAUUUCAGCCUUGAUUGACGGAAAAAACCAGACGUAUAUUCCCAACAAUGAGAACAGAGCUUCUGUGCCAAUUGAUAAUUGGAAGACGACCAGCCCCAAAGAUGGACAAUCCCAUUUACUCCAAGGAGUUCGGGUUUCCACGGAAUUCUUGAACUCACUCAUUUGGUAUGCCACAGUGACAAAUAUGACGAGUUACAGUGGCAAAGGCCACGUGUUGGAUUCAUUUGUCAACGGGACUAUAUCUUAUUCACCUCCCGAAAUCCGAGUGGAAAAAGAUGAGUUGCUUGGCAUUAAGAUUCCUCAUGGUUUAGUUUUGGCAACAUGUCGACCUGUCACGACCAAUGACACCAAGACCCUUUUCAAGGCCGAAUUUUAUGACUUGUCCGGGACGGGCAGGCUAAAAUUGAAGACAAGUUUGUCCGAGACAACCGAGCUCACGGUUGGCUUGACCGAGUUGGACUUUACUCACAUGAAAACCAAACCUUUUGAACCCAAGUUACCAUUGCCCGAAUCAUUCGAAAAAGAACUCAUGCGGAGGGCAUUAUCCAAAUUACAACCAGUAGUGAACAGCUACUUUGUCUCAAAUCCCAUACAUUUGCCGCACUUUGUUGCUCCAUUUGUUGAUGCACCAGAGAUGCAUCUGGUGACCACUGGAAAUGGCGCAGGAUUUGCUGAGAUUUUGAGCUAUUGCACUUGCAGCAAGACUCUGGCGUCUGCUUACUCCAAUUGUGACUCAAGAUCUCACAUUUGUGAUGGCAAGACCAACGACAUCGACCUCACUCCGUUUGACGAACCAGAAGACGGCGACGACUCGAAAAUUAUCAGUUUACUCAAAGAAGAUAUCAAAAGGAUUUUUGGUGCCGCCAAGGAUGUUAUUAAAAGGCGCCAAAACCAAUCAAAGCCCACGCAUAUUCCAAACCAAUCAGAGCCCACGCAUAUUCCUAAGGUGACUGGGGCUCUGAAUUUCUCGGCAAUCUUCGAACAAAGUGUCAAGGAUAACACCUAUUUUGGAUUCCAUUUGACGUUCUUUGAAGAUGACUUGAAUUGUAAGCUUAACAAAUUUGGAUCCCGCGCCAAAGUGUAUUGGCUCUGGCAAACGUCUCAAUGUACUACAUUGUUCGUACAAGGGAAAUCCUCCGGUCAGUACUACUACCUCAAUGCCACAACCCUGAAAUUUGGUUGUGGAGAUGAGUUUUGUCAGAGUUGCCAAUAUCCAAACCUGGCAGUGGAUCCCAUUCAGAAGGACCAAUGCAAUGAGCUGAGCGACCAAUCAUACCACGUGGGUUCACCUGUGAUCACACGAUGGGAAAUGGACCAACCCGUCAAGGCUUUGGUGGCCAAUGUGUUUUUUGAUGAAGAAUUCUGCUCCAUCCAUCAAAGAUACGUUGAACCGCAACUGAUUUCCACACAUACAAAUCUGGGUCACAAUGAAUCCUUAGCUUGUGGUGAAGCUGAUUCUGGGGAUCACAUUGGCGUUCAAUUAACCAAUGAGACGGUAAAAGAUGCUUUUUGGGAGUGUAGUAGCAAGUGCUCCUCGUGCGUCUUCUGGGCUGAGGACAUAAGGUUGGGGGCCUGUCACCAGUAUCAUCAUGGUGUGCAUCUUAAAUUUACCCAAAGUGUAUACAAGGAAUUGGGCUCAGAGAGGACUCCAAUGUUCAAUCAAAAGACAACUAUUUUUGUAGCAGUGGGAAGUUUCAUCUUAUUUGUAGUCCUCGGAAUCGUCAUUGCUGUGACUAUUUGCUGGUGCAAAUCCAAGAAGUUGAGCACAUCCCUUACCACCUUUAGCGUCAGCAAAGAGAAGAACAAAUAUUCCUUGGCAUUGAAAAACAUGUGGACUAAGCACAUUGGCUUACGAUUCCUGGCUUGGAACAAGUUUGAGAUGAAGGCUAUUCAAGAGGAUGUCAUCCAAAAUGUGAUGUUGGUGAUCAAUGGCGUAAUGGCUGUUGUCUUUGCCAUCGAGUGGAACAGUGACAAUAACCCUUUGUUGACCUUGCACAACAAAUUCAGCGAUGGCGUGUCCAUUUCGGUCGACAUUUUCAACACGGACAAAGUGGCGGACUUUACUUAUCGACUCAAUUUGUUAACUUAUUUCGUGAACAUCACUAACGCCGUGCUUGCAUUCCUGAUUGUGAUCACAUGGAGCUUCACCAAAACAGGCUCAAGGACCCUGUGGAUGAAGGUGAGAUUGCUCUCUUCCGUUUUGCUCUUGUCGAGUAUCUUUGUGGUGAUUGCCAGCGUGAUUUUCUCCACAUAUUUCGAUGACCUCGUGACAUUGGAAAAGAAUCAAGGCGUGUUUAUAACGGACAACCAAUCCAUGUACAAUAUGGCUUCGGAACUGAUAAAGGUGUCGCUUAAUGGUUUGUCUUUAACAGUGAUAUCUUUCACCAUAGUAUUCCUAUUCCAUGGCGUUGGAGGUGGCCUUUAUUUCGGGACCAUUCUAUUUAGACUCUUGCAUUUACACUCAAAACGAUCCAAAAUGGAGAUUUUGACCACUCUCUUGGUAAUUCUAACUGUGAUCCAGCCUUUCAUUUGUCUUCAUCCCGUGAUCAUUUGGUCUCAAGACUCCAACCACAACUCUAUAUUCCUCAUACUCAUCAUUCUCAUCUGGUUCUUGCCCGUGAUUGUUCAUUACAUAUCUAAAGCUGCGAUCAUUCACGGGCGACCCAAGUUUUUAUCGUAUUUCAACUUCAAUCAAAACAGUGACGUUGUUUUUAGAUCAAAACCAGGCUCAAGGCACAAUGGACAAUCCAAAUUUAGUGAAAAACAAGAAAGUUUCGGACUCAUAUUUGACUUUGCCGUUCAAGUGAUGGAGAUUUCGUUUUUCUUGGCGUCGUUCUCCAUUAUCACGCACUUUCUCCUUCGCACAGAAUUCAACGAAAAUCGGAAGAAUCUGCAAGAUUUUGCUCUGCCUGCCAUCAUCUCGGUGUUCUGUUGGAUGACCACGACGUCAUUUUUGUUCUUUUCUUUGGUGCUUGACGAGUCACGGAAAGACUCUAGACUAUCAUUCAAAGAUCAAGACCAAAAUUUCUCCUUGAGAUUGCUUCGAACCUCGCUUCGUAAAGAAGCUCGUAGGAUCUCAAAUAGGACUUCAUAUAAGAAGCUUUCUAGGUACCAACAAAGAAAAAGUCAUCAAACACAUACGACUAAACUACCUGAAUCAAUCAAUGGCCUGGUCCGACAACAAAACGAUUUUCUAUUAAUCAACGACGCAGCUGGAUCAAAAGCCUUUUCCUUUGGAGUUCAACAGAAAGUAAGAAAAUUUGAUAAUUUGGCUUUGACACCUAUGGGAAAGCGAGCCGAACUUGUUGACCCAGUUCCCUCAAAUUCUGNCAUACGACUAAACUACCUGAAUCAAUCAAUGGCCUGGUCCGACAACAAAACGAUUUUCUAUUAA